AUGUAUGAGAAUGCUUCUAAAACAUCAACCAUUGACUAUUCUGAAACUGAUGUAGGAGAAUCAUCAACAUCUUCAACAUCUAAUGAACAUGAUGAUCAGCAUCUGCAUAAUAUGCAGUCGUUAUAUCAAUUAUCAGGGAAUCCUGGAGUGCUGCAGCAAUUACAACAGGCAGCACAUCAUCAGCAACAGCUGGCUGCUGCUUCUGUCGCGAGCAUGCAGUCACACAAUGGAAUGUUAUUGCAAAGUGCUUCCUCCCUGAUGGCGGCUUCUCCAUCUGGAGAACAAAAUAUUAAGGAUGAUCAAGCUGAGUUUGAUCUACAAAUUCAAAUACAGCAGCAAAUGGCUGCUAAUCAGCUACAUGCUGCCAGCUCUUCUCAAGCAACUGGUAGCUCUGCAACUUCUAUUGUUGAUGUCCCGCCAGCAAGUAUGUUUUGUGUUUAA